AUGAUUCAGAUGUCUCUCACUACGAAACUUCGCCGUAUUCGCAAACCUCCACCAGAGGGAUGGGAUCUUAUCGAACCAACGUUGGAAGAAUUUGAAGCAAAAAUGCGUGAAGCUGAAACGGAUCCUCAUGAAGGAAAGCGAAGAACUGAGACCUUGUGGCCAAUUUUCAGAAUUCAUCAUCAACGGACCAGAUAUAUUUUUGAUUUAUUCUAUAAGCGAGAGGCUAUUUCUCGGGAACUCUAUGAGUUCUGUCUAGCUGCUAAAAUCGCUGAUGCUCAGCUAAUUGCUAAAUGGAAGAAGCAAGGCUAUGAGAAUCUUUGUUGUCUCAGAUGUGUUCAAACGCGGGAUACCAACUUUGGAACGAACUGCAUAUGUCGCGUUCCUAAGAGCAAACUUGACGCGGAAAGAGUCAUUGAAUGUGUUCAUUGCGGUUGUCGCGGCUGCUCUGGUUGA